AUGAACAUCGAGGUUGGAAACAUUUCUUACACGGGCGCCAUCAUCUCCUGGUCGUCCUCAGAGCCCUGCCUGGAGGACUAUUACCAUAUUAUGUACAGGCCCAACUGGAACAGCAUCUUCUCUGGCUAUCUUCGCUACAGCUUCCACCACGAAGAGAAGGUGCCCCGAGCGAUCAGCUCCGUGGUACUGGAACACCUCGCCCCUUCCACUCUCUACUUCCUCUGCGUCAGCUGUAAGAAGGCCUCUUUGCCCUACAGGCACUACUGCACCAUGUUCCACACCCUGGAUAAGAGUCCACUGGCUGCUGGGGGCUCCCUGGUGGACCCCCAAAUAUCCCUUUGGGUGCUGAUGGCCAUUCUUCUGGCCUGUUUCACAGCUGUCUUGGCCUUCAUCUGCCUCCAGUUCUGGUGUAUCCGCUGCCAUGAGCCUCGGUGGUCUUACAGAGCUGGCCACAUGGAAGAAGCCAAUGGGUUGGUGAGAUGGCCAGAGGAGGCCCCAGCUCUUGGGCAGAGGGAGGAAGACCUGCAGGGGCUCCCCCUGGUGGAACUGCCUCGCAAGAAUUCUGGAGCCAAUGCUGAACUUGAGGCGGAAGCCCAGCAGGAUGCCCCUGAUGUGGGAGCCUUACUUAGGGAGGGUGGGAACCAACCCGCCAUAUUGCCUCCCUGCAGGGAGUAAGAGGUGGGGGGGGGAAGACAGAUGGCCCCCAUCAUGUAGCCUAAAGUCCCCUGCCCCCAGUAGGUCUUUUGUAACCAUUUGUCUAUAGACUACCCAUCUCUCUCUCUCCUCAAAUAUCAGUGUGAUCACAGGGGGAAGAAGGCCUGAUAACAAGGAGCUCCCCAAGACCUCCAGGUGUACAAGGGAGAACAUGCCAUCAA